AUGGGGACGCCGCCGCCCCCUGUGUGGGACCCUAAGGGCGACUCCACAUCUGAAAAAGCCCCUGUGGGCGCCGACGCCCUUGGGAGAGACCCGGGGGGCGACGUCUCUCCUGGGAGGGCCCCUGGAUGCACCGCCGCCCUGCCGAGGUCCCCUGAGGGAACCUCCGCCCCUGACAGGGGGCCCUGGGGGCGCCGCGGCCCUUGGGAGAACCCCUGGCGGCGCCGCCGUCCCCUGAAGACACCACUGCCCCUGGGAGGUCUAUUGGCAGCGCCGCCGCUCCUGGGAGGGUCCCUGGCUGCACUGCCGCCCCUGGAAGGGCCCAUUUGGGCACCACCGCCCCUAGCAGGGCCUUAG